AUGUUUGAAAUUUUAGAAAGAUCCGUCUCACCCCCCAUGUUGUCCCCCUCAACCCCCGAGGUCACCCAGCGCAUCAACAAGCUCGCCUGGCUGGUGUCACAGGUGGACAAGAUCGGGCGCGCGUUUGGUGACGCAGAUGGUGGUGGUGUGGUGGUGUGGUCCCUGGAGCCUGGUAGUGUGGUGGUCAGCUGGUACAACUCCUCCCUGGGGGCACCGACCAUCUGUCCCACCACCACCAUCACCCACCUGCAUGACGUCAUGCUCACCCCGCUAGGGGCGGUGCGCCCCGAGUUUGCCUCCCAUUUCCCCCCCGAGUUUGAGGUGGUGGGGGGGGAGAUGACGCCUGGGGGGGCGUGUCUGGCCCCCCUCACCCCCCAGCACUCCACCCCCCCUGACCUGGGGGAUGAUGAUUACACUCACGUCAACGAUUUUCCUCCUGAUGAUGAUGGCGUGAGGGGCAGCACGGCGGACCAGAAGGACGUCGUCCUGACCUUCCUGAUCCCCAGCCUCCUGAUGGCCGCCAUGUUGGUGGUGGCCGCCGUGGCCGCCUGCUGCCUCUACAGACACAGGUCUGCUGUGUGGUCUGCUGUGUGGUCUGCUGUGUGGUCUGCUGUGUGUUGUGUGGUCCUGUUCGACACCUAG